AUGAAUGAAAAGACAAUCCCAAAGAUUGCUUCUUCUUCAUCUAGUUUAGAAAAUGAGGAAUUAAACAAGUUAAUUGAAAAGUUGCCAAAUCACCAACAACCAUCCUCUCCUAGAGGUAGUAAACCAUCGGAAGUGUUUAAAAGAAUGGUUUGUCCAUCAUGUGGCUACACUUUCUAUAAUAAUCCAAUUCCAGUGGUGGCAGCUAUUGUCGAGUGGAGAGAUCAUGAACAUGUUGUUUUAAUUCAGAAUAAGACUUGGCCUGAAAAUUGGUAUGGCUUGGUUUCUGGUUUUAUUGAAGCUAAGGAGGCUCCACUUGAUGCUUGUAAGAGAGAAAUUAAAGAAGAAUUGGGUUUGUCAAAUAUUGAAGUAUCUGAAAAGGAUUUGAUUGGAGUUUACAAUUUUCCAUUGAGAAAUGAGCUAAUUAUUGUUUAUCAUGUUCAAGUGCUUUCUAAUGGAACAGAUAAAGAUGAGCAAAUUUGUAUUGAUAAGGAUGAAUUGAGUGAUUAUCAAAUGGUUAAAAUUGAUAAAUUACGACCAUGGAAGGCAGCUACAGGCUAUGGACUUAGAGAUUGGUUGAUAAAAAUUGGAGUGACACAUAAUGCUGAUAACUUUGUAGAUCCAUUCAAGAAGGGAGAAAGUGUUGUUGAUAAAGCAACAGCAAGUAAACUCUAA